CGCGAAGCUGUCUUGUUGAUUGCCAAACAGAGGAGUUUCAGGGAGUUAAGUUACGAAUUAAUGAGAUAUCUAGAAAAUCAAUCGGGGUAGAUUUUUAUAGCCCUCGAUUGCUUCAAAUCCUCCGCGACGAAGAUCAAUUGCACAGUCGAUGGAUCUCAAUGUGAUGCAAGGAUUUUAGUGGCAGUGCUCACCUGGGCAGUUUAGAUCAACAAAACGAAGGAGCACGGCUCUUGGACUACGUCACCCGCUCUUUACGGUCGUUUAGAUGGGCCAUUUAAAACCUAUUGGGGGUAUUUAAUGUGUGUUGCAUCCUAUCCGUGAGUGCGUUUCCUGUAAUUUCUCGCUAUCGACGUAUAAAGUAGAUGUUAACAAUGAAUCCUGACCACGAACCACUGCCUUCCCACGAUGCUUCGACGGAAGGGUCCCCAGAGGAUGUCCUGGCGCCCGAAACCCUUGUGUUAAGAGGCCAAGCAGUAGUGUCUGGUACUGACACUGCAAAAAUGCUCUACCGCAUGAACUGGAACAUCACCUCUAUUCCGCAAAAGAGCUCUUCAGUUAUAUUUGAAAGAGUAAAGGACGAUCUGCUACUGGAGAAUGAAGACCCAACCCCUACCAAGCAACGAGAUGAACACAUUUUCUACCUUGCGCACCCAGCGGGCGCCAAGUAUCAGAAGGAAACCCCUGAAUACUAUCUGACAUCCGUCUCGCCGGAGUCAUUGGGUAAUAUCAGUCUUGAGACGUCAAAGCCGGGGUUCCGGAAGACGGAGUUCAGGAUGCUCCUAAGCGCAGGGCGAACUUGGUCUGAUAAACCGCUUUUCGAAGAGGACGCGGAGACUUUAUUCGAAGUCAAACCAAAGUGGAUGAGUAGUCGCUAUACAUGGACCAACCGCACCGAUGAGCAAGUAGCAUACGAAGAUAAGAAAGAAGAUGAACGAAUUCUUGUCACCUUAGUAUCGAUGGAGAGAAAACUAAGGGAUGCGCUGGUCGCUACUUGGUGUUUGAGAUUAUGGUACGAAACAGCUGAAAGCACACGGGCUCAGAGGGAUGAAAUGGAACGUUUGACACCAGCUAAAGCUAUGCAUGGUUAUACAGACCUAAAAACGGCGAAAAGAACCGGCGCGCUUGGUUCUCUGGGUGGAGCCGGCGCAUGACUUGACGAAACAAUGAAAACCAUCAUAUCCUUUCACAGGCUGUCAAGUACUGGCGGUCCUCCUAACAGGGAUAUACUAGAUGCAUGAAGGGCAUAUCAAGCAGUGAAGUUUUGACGCAAUUGAGCUGAACUAGUUACAUCGUUUCAUACGAUCUCCGAGUCUCAGAUCUGGGGUCUAACAAGUUUUUUGACAUCUACAGGUCUUCUCUUCAAGUGUAAAGGCCUUGUGAUACUAUAUUCGCCUGGGCAGUGUUAAAUCCAUCGUGUGAGUUUGAAUUUCCCCAGACGACCACAUCUUG